AUGGACCCCCGCUGCCUAGCCCGCAGCCUCCGCGCCAGGCCGACGUCGUGGCUUCUCAACUCGCGCCAGCAGCCUCUCCUGCAGCAGCCCUUCCUCCUCAACACACUCCGCUACAACUCCUCAAACUCCUCGCCACAGACACCCUCCGCCAAGUCACCCACAGAACCAGCCACACAAUCAACAUCAGCUGCUGGCGAGGAGCAAUCCGCCCCCAAAACACAACCCACGAAGACCGUCGCCUCCGACUUCGACGAGAUCCUCAACAAGCUCGAUCUCGGAAACCGCAGUGCCGCCACCGCCAGGGGUGAAGGCCGCCGCGUCUUCUCCGACCCCGCCUCCCGUUCUGUCAGCGGCGUGGGCUUCCAGAGCUUCAGGGACCGGUCUGCGCAGCAGCUUGCCUCGCGCAAGCUGGAGCUGAAGCUCGGCCCAACGCUGGGUCGCCAGGUCCACGUUGAACCAGAGCGUGGCCUAGAUCUUCCCGCUGCGGUCCGUCAGUUAGAGAUUACGUGCAGCACGAACAAGAUCAAGGCCAAUGCGCAUGAGCAGAAAUUCCACAAGCGCAAGGGUGCGGUGCGGAAGGAGCUGCGCCGGACGAGGUGGAGGAAGCUCUUCCGGUUCUCAUUCCAGCAGACUGUGAAGAAGAUCCAGCGGAUGCAGGCGCAGGGUUGGUGA